UUGUAUACGUUUCCGCUUUAACAAUGACCGAGUCGGAGCAGAUUGCCAACACUUUUCUCAUCAGACCCAAUUAUCAAAAAAGGUUCAAGGUGUCGGUGGUGAGGGAGUGUAUUAGAGAGAUCCUGAGAGAGAACUUAUCAGGAGUUGAGUAUGAUCCUGUGGCAGCACCGUUACUAACACGAACACUGGCUGAAGCCAUUAAACACCGUGUUAAAGCUCUGGAGUUGGACAGAUACAAACUGGUGGUGCAGGUGGUGAUCGGAGAACAGAGGGGGCAGGGUGUGAAGAUGAUGUCUCGCUGUUUCUGGGAUUCAGACACUGAUGGCUGUGCUAAAGACAUUUUUAUUAAUGACAGUAUAGCGUGUGUGGCUGCUGUAUUUGGAGUGUAUCAUUAUUAAAACAGAAUGUCUUUUUUUAUGAGAAAUAAAAACUGAAUUAUUGUUUUUUGA